CCCCAUUCUCAUAGGUCGAAGUCGAACAGUCGUGUUAAGGUUUUGGGUUUUCAGAGACAAACAGAGAGCUUCUGUCGUGUUCGUGUCUGAUCAGAAGGGUGAAAUUUGUGGGGAUUUUAGCUUCUGCUCGCUGCUAUAUCGAUGCCUCGGAGACCAUCAGGAAGGAGAUUGUCAAAGCAUAAACCUUUGGCAUUUUCACCAUUCAUGCGUUCACUUGCUUUAGCUUCAACGUCUAGGCGUAAAUUGCCUCAUCCUGAAGACAGCCAGGAGAUGUCUUUUGAUGAAAAGCUCCCAAAUUUAUCUAGAAAAGGGAAAAAGGAACAAUUUUCAGACUCCUCUGAUGAAGAAGACUCUCAGGGAGCUGUCCAAGCAGACUUUGAGUUCUUUGAUCCUAAAACUACAGACUUUAACGGAGUCAAGAUCCUCCUUCAAAACUAUCUCGAUGACAAGGAGUGGGAUUUGAGCAGUUUUGUUGAUUUGAUACUGGAACAGACCACAGUAGGAACCGUGGUGAAAGUAGCAGAUGAUGAGGACGAGGCUGUAUUUGCUGUGGUCUCUGCUCUUAACUUGGCAAGAUAUAAGGACAGUAAAUGCUUUAGAGAGCUAAAAGAGUUUCUUCUUAAAGUCUGUUCAGAGAAGAAUGUAUCGAGUGAUCUAGAGCUGCUACUGGAGAAAAAGGCACAAGAUGUUGGUUUAUUGGUAUCUCAAAGGGUGAUGAAUCUUCCUCCACAACUUCUUCCGCCACUGUAUGAUGGAUUGUUCGAUGAAGUAUUAUGGGCCACUGAAGACGAGCCUACAGAGGAGCUUCGAAGCUCAUUCCGCUUCAAGUCAUAUAUUCUAGUCACCAAGAUUUACAAGCUGAAGAAUCCUAAGCAGAAAAAACCUCGCCAUGGUGAAGAAGAGAAUGAGGAAACAAUUUUCCUUAAGCCUGAAGAUGAACUUUUUCUUGAGCUUAGCUCUUGGUCAUUCACAUUCCCUAUGCGCUCACAGCUCGUGACUUCUCAAGAAAUGAAGAAUUAUCAGCUGAUGGGUCUAGUGAUGGCGGUGGAAGCGAAAAAGAUUCCUGAGUUCAGACAGAUGUUGAAUUCUCUCAUUGAUGAAUAAUGAGCAUCAUCUUGUUUAAGAUUUCGUUAACGAGUCAUUUGUUUAUGGAUUUUUCACCAGUUUUGAUAUUAUUAUUACACAGUUUUGUUGCUUCUUCAAUAGUGAGUUCAAGGUCAAAGACGAACAAGUGAACCAACAAUGGUCCAUUAGUUGAUACUUUAAUUUAAUUAUAAAA